AUGGCUACGGAGAGGCACGGUCAUCCGGCUUCCACCUCACGUGAAGACGAUGCUCUGUUCCUAGACAUACUCCACGAAGCUCCUUUGUUCGGUCACCGCAAAUCCAGAAGUCUCGUCGGCGCUAUUCUCUACUCCUUUCUACUGGCAAGUUAUGCUGUUCUUGGUGCUGCGGCUCCUUAUUGCUUCCACUCUAUCAAGAAUUGGGUUCCUUCCCUGCUCUGCAGUUGUGAUGUUGUUCUUCUGAUCCUCACAGGCAUAUUCCAGCAAUAUUUUGUUUCUCAAGUCCAGAAAAUACGACUCCAGGGUUACUAUAGUUUCAGCCAGAAGUUGAAACAUAUUGUCCGCCUUCCAUUUGCUAUCACUGCUUAUGGAACUGGUUUCAUGGUGCUGGUCAUUGUAUGGGAUCCUCAAAUUAAAUUCCUUACAAUCCCUGCUUUACUGAGAAUUAUCAUGUUGGCUGAAGCAGUAUGUGCUACAUCCUUUAUGAGUGUUUAUAUCGGCUAUCUGCAUCAGUACAAUUCGAUAAACUCUCAGCCUGAUAUUUUGAAGUCGUUGUAUUCUCCACUUCAACAAUCAAGCCCUUUAGAAGGUUUGAGGUACCAAGAAGGUGGUAGACUUUCUGAUCAGCAAAUGGCCCUGUUGCAAUAUCAACGUGAGAAUCUACAUUUUUUGAGUGAAGAGGUUCUACGCUUGCAAGAAUGUUUAAGCAAAUAUGAGCAAUCUAGCGAUGGGAGCACACCUCAGGUUGACGUUGCACAUUUGUUGGGUGCUCGUGAACAGGAGUUAAGGACGCUCACUGCCGAGAUGAAUCAACUACAGUCUGAGCUAAAGCUUGCUCGGUCUGUGAUAGCUGAUCGGGAGUCCGAGUUCCAGAGGGUACGAGCUGCAAAUAAUCAGUACGUGGAAGAGAACGAGCGGCUGAGAGCUAUAUUAGGGGAAUGGAGCACUCGUGCUGCCAAGCUUGAGCGAGCUCUGGAGGCCGAACGGAUAUCCAGCCUAGAAAUGCACAAGAAGCUAUCAUCUUCUCCCAGAAAUCAAUUGAAUCAGCAUGGGUUAUAA